AUUCCCUCUCUAAAUUAAGCCUGGUAAUAUUUCAAUGGCUAAAGUUUACCUAAACAAGUCAAAUUACCUAAGUACAAUUUCUUCUUCUUCAUCAUCAUCUUUUUCUUCUAUUUCCUCUACUAAUUCUUAUGUGAGCCCAAGAAGAGAAAUAUUCACUUUGUGGAUGAAAUCUCUAGUCUACCAUGGAAAUGGAUGCACUGUUUAUGACUCAAAUGGACAAAUUGUUUAUAGAAUUGACAACUACAACAUUAAACGUAGCAAACAAGUUCAUCUCAUGGAUUCCAAUGGCAAAGUUCUAUUUUCCAUUCGAAAUAGGAAAGUUCCAGUAUUUGGACAUUGGGAUGGCUAUAAAUGGAGUUAUGAUGGAGUGACUAGUAAAGAAAUACCAUGGUUUCAAAUGAAGAAAAUUCACAAUGUUCGUAAGGGAGAUAAUGAGAACUACUAUAAUGUUAUAUUGGGAUGUAAUUCUGAAGCAAGUUGCUAUGGUAUUAUUCUUGGCACAAAAUCUAUCAAGAUUGUGAACCAACAACAUGGUCGACUUGUCGCAGAGGUAAAACAAAAACAAGCAAGUUCAGGAGUACUAUUUGGAGAUGAUGUAUCAACAUUGGUGGUGGAACCUCAUGUUGACCAAUCAUUAAUUAUGGCACUUGUCACUGUUUGUGGUCUAAUCCAUCACAAAAUUUAAUUAGUACUAAGAUAAGAUUCUUCCUAAUCACUUUUUCUAUGUAAUAAUAAUUGUAAUAUCUCUCUUUCCUUUGUUCUUGGAAACAGGGAAAAGAGAAGUUAAUUAUAGUUUGUACCUUGAGGAAUGAGUUGUUUAGAUGUUAAUCUUGUGAUUAAUAUUGAAGUGUACAAUUCUAUUAUCACAAAAUUUGGAAUAAGAUCUUACUGAUGUGAUAGAUUA